CUUCUCUCUCUCUAGUCUUCUUCUAAAGUCGUUGGAAAAAAACGGAGGAAAGAAAGGAAAUGAAGAGGCUAAUAAAUCACUCGAAACACCUAAAACCCUCAUCUUCAAUCUUCUCUCUGCUCUCCCACAAUUCAAACUUGUAGUAUUGAAUUUGAAUUUGAAUGCUGUGCCACCCAGAAUCCGAGAAAGACCCAUCCGCAUCGAGGUCAUCAUCAUCGUCAUCAUCAAUUUCAAUCAGCACCAUCUGAGACUGGACUCGACUCAACUAUGAAGAUGGCUACUCCAAAUUCAAAAUCAAGGCCCAUCUCAAUCCGCUGUAGCACGGUUUCCCCUGCUGAGAUCGUUGAUCUAGCAGACGACGAAGAAAACGAAAACGAUGAAAUAUCACUACUCUACGCAACAACCAAGAACAAGGAUGGUACCAACGCCAACAACGCAAUCUCAGUUGAACACUACUCCGAUCAUAGAGACCUCCAGCUUGCCAUCAUGGCCUCUCUGCUUCCCCAUACCCAUACCCCCCCUCGCAAAAGAAGGAUCAUCGACAUCGACCUAUCCCUUUUCCCAGACAAAGACGACGACGACGACGACGAUGAUAUUCAAGUUCUCGAUUCUUCUUCGUCUUCAUCGUUAUUUCGAAAGCAAUUUAGAGGCGGCCCUUCCAUCACUGAACAGGGUCAGUCUUCCAAGUCCAAGUCCGAGACUGAGACCACAACCUUCAUGUGUGAAAUCUGCGUGGAACCGAAGCCUCUCAGCGAUUCAUUCAGCAUAAUGGGUUGCACCCACUCUUACUGUUCCGAUUGUAUUCUCAAAUUCGUGGCCUCCAAGCUCCAGGAUAACAUUACCCAAAUUCAAUGUCCCGUCCCUGACUGCAACGGCCUCUUGGACCCAGAGCAUUGCCGUCCCAUUUUGCCCCCUGACGUCUUCGACAGAUGGGGCACUGCUCUCUGCGAGGCUGUCAUUCUCUCCUCCCACAAGUUCUAUUGCCCUUACAAGGAUUGCUCCGCCCUUUUGAUCGAUGAUGGUGGAGAAGCUGGAGAGCAAGAGGUUAUUACCCAGUCUGAGUGUCCCAAUUGCAGGAGGUUGUUCUGCGCCCAGUGUAAGGUUCCGUGGCAUUCGGGGAUUGAAUGUGCAGAGUUUCAGAAGCUGAACAAGGAUGAGAGAGAAAAAGAAGACAUCAUGUUAAUACAACUUGCUAAGAAGAACAAGUGGAUUAGGUGUCCCAAGUGCAAGUUUUAUGUUGAGAAAUCUCAAGGUUGCUUGUUUAUGAUGUGCAGAUGCGGGCAUACUUUUUGUUAUAACUGCGGAUCUCCUCUAAUAGCCCACUACUGUAGUAAAUGUAAGCAUUAAGUCCUCAUAGAUGCCAGCCUUUUUGCUCUUCUACUGCAAGUUAAAAUGUAGAAAAGUAGUGCAUGAUAUGGUGCGCAGAGAAUGGAAAUAUUAUUAUUUAGGUGUAUAUAUGAAGUCCUUGGAAAACAAAUCAGGAUGUGAAAGUAUAUUUCAAAUUAAAGCGUGGUCUUGAAUUGUUUCAACCUUCAAUUGAAAUGUGAAUGGAAAUAUAUUAUAUAGUUGAA